AAUCUCUCUCCAUCCUUCCCGUCACUCACAAUGAAGUUCCUCGGCGCUGCCAUGUUCGGCCUCCUGGCCACCGUCUACGCCAACGACUGCAUCAGCAACUGCGAGACCACGGCGGCUUCCGAUCUCGGCUGCAGCGUUGACAACCUGUCUGGAUGCUUCUGCGCUGCCGACUUCGUCAAGGAGAUGAAGGAGUGCUUGGGAUCCAACUCGAGCUGCGGCAAGGAGUAUGUCGCUUCAUACUACAGCACCUACGACAGCGUCUGUGCCACUGCCACUGCCACCUCUGCAGCGGCAUCGACCGCCACUGGAACUGCCACCAGCACGGCCGCUGAGUCGACGGGCACCAGCGACUGCAUCGCGACCUGCGAGUCGACUGCUGCCUCGGAGCUUGGAUGCAGCUCCUCCAACCUGGCUGGCUGCUUCUGUACCUCCAACUACACCACCGAAAUGAAGGCUUGCCUGGGUUCCUCCUGCGGUAAGGAAUACGUUGCCUCGUUCUACAGCACCUACGACAGUGUCUGCGCUACCGUCUCGGCCACUGGUGUUGCUACCACUUCCGGUGCUUCUGCUGCCACGACCACGACUGCGGCCACUUCGACCUACACUGGAGGUGCUAAUGCCAUGUCCUAUGCUUAUGGUGGCGUUCAGGUGGCUGCCGCCGUGGCUGCCGUGGCUGCCCUGGUCUAA